AUGUGUGCUGAUGCGGAGAAGACCGUCGCGGUCAAUAACGACCAUCUAGUGCAGUCUGACGACCCUGAACACCCCGCAAACCUCAUUCCAGCGCUGUGCCGCAACUUUUACAACUGGGGUUGGGUGACUGGUACGGGCGGAGGGACAUCUAUCCGCCAGGGCGAUCACAUUUUUCUUGCUCCUUCUGGCGUCCAGAAGGAAUUGAUCAAACCUGAGAAUAUCUUCGUUAUCCAAUGGCCAACCACCAAGUACCCUGCCACCGAGCGCAACUAUAUUCGCAGGCCCCUUGCUCUGAAGCCAUCCGACUGCACGCCGCUGUUCCUGACGGCAUUUGAGCACGGGGCUGCUUGCUGUAUCCAUACACACUCUCAAUGGGCAGUCCUCAUCACUCUGCUGGUAGAACGCGAGAAGGGCCCGGACGGAUGUUUCGAGAUCAACAACAUCGAGCAGAUCAAGGGUAUUCCCAAGGGCCGCGGUAAAGGCUACCACGGAUACCACGACACCCUGAGUGUUCCAAUCAUCGAAAAUACUCCCUUCGAGGAGGAUCUGACCAGUGGUCUGGAGGCUGCGAUGAACAAGUAUCCCGACACCUAUGCGGUGCUUGUUCGGAGGCACGGAAUCUAUGUCUGGGGUGACACCGUGGCCAAGGCAAAGACUCAAUGUGAGAGCCUGGACUACCUGUUCAAGCUAGCUGUCGAGAUGCACAAGCUUGGCCUCCCUUGGAUCAAAUAG